CUUGUGAAAAAAGUUGAGAAAUUGCACCCUGGUGGUUGAUUCCUUUGCUACAGACUGUUGAUACCCAUCUCUUUCCAUAUACCUCCAUUCUAUACUAUCCUUACUACCUCCAAAAUGAAGGGAUUCGCCAUUCUCACCGGCCUGUUGGCUACUGGUGCCUCUGCCCACAUGCAAAUGUCGAAGCCUUACCCUAUUCGCAGUCCCCUAAACAAGGACAGCAAUGAGCAAAAGGACUACUCGUACAACAACCCAUUGAACCCAUCUGGUGCUGACUAUCCGUGCAAGGGCUACGCCAAUGAUGCCUUCCAGUCCCAAGCCAGUUAUUCGCCGGGUCAGACCUACGAGCUGGAGCUUGAUGGUAGCGCAACUCAUAGCGGCGGCUCUUGCCAGCUUGCCUUGACUUACGACCGUGGCAAGACCUUCAAGGUUAUUGAGUCCAUGCUCGGCGAGUGUCCUAUUUCCCAGAAGUACGAGUUCGCGAUCCCAUCGGAUGCGCCCGCGGGCGAGGCUCUUCUAGCCUGGACCUGGUUCAACAAGGUUGGCAACCGUGAGAUGUAUAUGAACUGCGCUAUGGUCACCAUUGGUGGCUCUGCGAGCAGUGGGAAUAAGACACAGUCCACUACUACCAAUGGCAAGAACUCCCACGGCAAGAAUAUCCACGGAGCGAAGAUGAUGGGAAAGCAUAUGGCUUCUGAGGAGAUGAAGCACUUGAAUCACCCUCCGAUGGAGCAGACUAUGGAGCGACGUGACAUGGCUGAUACCACCGUCAUGACGGACAAGUCCAAGGCCGCCGCGUUUGACAGCCUCCCUGAGCUCUUCGUCGCCAAUGUUGCCCAAACAGGUGGUUGUGUCACUAUUGAAGGCGAGGAAGUUGACUUCCCCCUGCCCGGUCCGAACGUGGUGGGCAAGAUCGAUAGCAGCGGCAAGGGCUACAAGUGCACUGGUACAGCUCCUUUCCUCGCCAGUGAUAGCACUGCCAGCACCGCAACCACCGCCGGAACCACUGCUGGCUCCAGCGCUUCUUCCUCUUCUACUUCUUCCACCUCUACUGCUUCAUCCAACUCGACUACCGCCUCCAACGCCACCAAGUCCGACUCCACCAAGAACAACAACAGCAGCUCGUCCUCGAAGAAGGUUGAUGCGAAGACCACCAGCAGUGCUAGCAGCAGCAGCACCACCACCACCGCCGCCACCACUCUGGCUCAAGCCAUGUCCCAGAUUGCGUCGGCCUUUGGUUCUCCCUCUGCUGACCCCCGUGUCUUGGACAGCCAGUCUAACAACCAGGUUGCUUCCACCAGCAACUCCUUCGCCAAUUACGUUACCAAGUGGACUUGCACCUCCGGCGAGAUCCUGUGCUCUCCUGAUGGAUACAGCUGGGCUAUGUGCUCCAAUUCGCGCCCUAUCUUCAUGGGCAAUGUCGCCCCUGGCAUGAUCUGCCAAUUGGGCCAGAUGGUUCGCUCCAGCUGGUAACAAGUUUGCUCUUGUUGUUUUUGAAGCAGUUUCUUCUCGGCAGAUAUUGUCUUUGGGCCGACUGGGUCGGUCGAGGCUUGUUCUGCGUUGCGUUUUCUUUUUGUGCCUUGGGUCGCAGGUGCCAUUGGUGUUCGGCGAAUGUUUUUUCUUCCUUUACCCCAUCGACUGUCAUGACCAUGAUAUCCAUGUCGGUGGUGAUGUCCUCACGCUGUUGAUAUUCCUAAUGACUGUAUCGUAAUGGCUGGUUCUUGUUAGUGUUUUAGUUUCCGAGGUUGGUGUUCGGGCUGGUCAUUGGAUUUUCAGGGUGAUCUCUAUGUAGCACUAGGAACAAUACAAAAUAUUUUUAUGCACACAGCUCACCUCUCAGCUCGAUUUAAAUUGUCAUUAAUUCUCAAUAUUAUCAUUACAUUCUUAAACAGCACCCUGGAGUCUUGUUCAGCCGGGUCUCAAUCCGUGUGUACCGCAGCAUAAUAUACACCAAUUUCAAACAGCGUAACAUGGUAUAUCGGCUCAAAAGAGCGUGCGAGUUCAUACAAUCAUCGGCUGACACCUGAGACGUGGUACCAGCCGGCCAAAAGAAAUACAGAGAGGGACGACUGGAUAUCAUAAACCAUUCCGACAGCGAUCAUCCAUACCCUCAAGCACUUGCUGUAUCAAAGCAAGAUAGGACUCUUGCGUCCGCAUCCACAAAGAAAAAAAGCUUAGAUGUUGCCAGUAUAGGCAGAGCCACCAUAGCCAUAGCCAUUCUGGGCACCCGGGGCAGGGGUACCAGUGGCAGCGGCGUGCUUGUUCUUGCCCCACGAGCCGAACCAGUUCUUCUGGGGCUGCUUCUCGCCACCCAUCUCGAUAUCAGCUGGGGUGGGGUGGUUGGGCAGAGUGUCUACGCCACCACUGGCCUCAGGGUAGUUCUUCUUGCGGCUCCACCACUUACGGUCAGUGCCGGAGGUGUAGUUGUUGGCGGGGGAAGGGCCGAAGCGCUUCUCGCGCUUGUGGUGGCGGGCCAGGAGAACCUGG